AUGUCGGAACUAUGGUACCAGCAGCCUGCUGCCAACUGGGAAGAAGCAUUGCCGGUGGGCAAUGGGCGCCUAGGCGCCAUGGUCUAUGGACGAACCGAUACAGAGAUACUACAGCUCAAUGAGGACUCGGUUUGGUAUGGAGGUCCCCAAGAUCGUGUUCCUCGUGAUGCAUUUGAGUAUCUCCCACGUCUCAGGUCUCUGAUCCGAGAGGGAAACCAUGCAGAGGCGGAGAAGCUGGUUCGUCUGGCUUUCUUCUCUCAUCCCAUUAGUCAACGGCAUUACGAGCCUUUGGGGACCCUCUUUUUGGAUUUUGGUCAUGCCCCUGAAUAUCUUCGGAACUAUCGACGGUCGUUGGAUGUUGAGCGUGCUACCAGUCGUGUGGAAUAUGAGCACAAAGGCGUAAAGCUUCAACGGGAAGUCAUCGCCAGCAACCCAGACGGUGUGAUUGCCAUUCGAGUCCAGGCAUCUCAGAAAGUGGAGUUUGCCUUGCGGCUCAGUCGAAUGAGUGAGCUGGAAUAUGAAACAAAUGAAUAUCUUGACGAUGUCACGGCACAAGACCGGACAAUUACCUUGCAUAUCACCCCGGGUGGACACAAGAGCAACAGAGCUUGUUGCAUGGUCAAAGUUCGCACAGCGGAUGAUGAAGAUUCUGUCACUCAGGUCGGAAACAAACUGCUGGUCAACGCUCAUGACGCGCUGGUGCUAAUCUCGGCGCAAACCACUUACCGUUGCGACGACAUAGACAAGGGAGCUUCUUCUGAUUUGGAAAGAGCUUUGCUGCACUCUGCUGAGGAGAUUUGGGAGCGACAUGUGAACGACUACCGAUCACUCUAUGGUCGCAUGGAAUUGCAUUUAAGUCCCAACAACUGCGACUUGCCAACUGGCAAGAGAAUCAAGAAUUCGCAUGACCCUGGUCUAAUAGCACUCUACCAUAAUUAUUGUCGCUACCUUAUGAUAUCGUGCAGUCGGAAUGAGGACAAAGCCUUACCAGCGACGCUACAGGGUAUAUGGAAUCCAUCCUUCCAUCCAGCGUGGGGCUGUAAAUACACGAUAAACAUUAAUCUGCAAAUGAACUACUGGCCGGCCAACGUCUGCAAUCUCUCCGAUUGUGAAAUGCCGCUAUUCUCUCUACUAGAGCGCGUUGCGAAAUCAGGAGAGGAGACAGCACAGAAGAUGUAUGGCUGCCGUGGCUGGGUCGCCCAUCACUGCACCGAUAUUUGGGCUGAUACUUCUCCCGUCGACAUGUGGAUGCCGGCAACCCUCUGGCCGCUAGGAGGUGCUUGGCUCUGUGUCCAUAUCUGGGAUCAUUUCCGUUUCACCCGUGACAAGGAAUUCCUCCAGAGAAUGUUUCCGAUCUUACAAGGAUGUGUGCAAUUUCUACUUGAUUUCUUGAUUGAAGACGCCUCUGGAGAGUAUCUGGUCACGAAUCCGUCACUGUCGCCCGAAAACACAUUCUAUGAUAAAAAUGGAGAGCGUGGUGUUCUGUGCGAAGGCUCCACCAUUGAUAUUCAGAUUGUGAAUGCUGUCCUGAGCGCUUACCUGAAAAGUGUCGAAGAGUUAGAGAUAGACGCUGAGCUUGCACCGGCAGCAUUAGACGCCCUGCGUCGACUUCCACCCCUGCGCAUCGGGUCUUUCGGGCAACUACAAGAAUGGGCUUCCGACCAUGCAGAAGUAGAGCCCGGCCAUCGGCAUGUUUCUCACCUGUGGGCCUUGCAUCCAGGAGAUACCAUUAGCCCGGAAACAACGCCCAAAUUAGCCGAGGCCUGCUCGGUCGUGCUGCACAGACGCCAGGCCCAUGGAGGCGGUCAUACGGGCUGGAGUCGAGCAUGGUUAAUCAAUCUGCAUGCACGAUUACUGGCACCUGAGGAGUGUGCGAAGCACCUUGAUCUCUUACUGGCGCAGUCAACGCUGCCCAACUUAUUGGACACGCACCCACCGUUCCAGAUCGACGGUAACUUUGGCGCUGGUGCAGGUAUCCUCGAGAUGCUCCUUCAAUCCCAUGAGGAGGGAAUCAUUAGGCUCCUUCCCGCCUGCCCGAGAGCCUGGGGUUCAGGGUCUCUUCGGGGCGUCUGCGCUCGUGGAGGGUUUAAAACGCCAAAAGAACUGGAGCGACGAGACAUGGACCUGCAAUCCGUUCAAGAUCUCAAAGGGGUCUUGAGGAGCGACUUCUUUCAUGGUUACGCCACCGCGGCGGCCCAGGUGGAAGGGGCUUGGAACAAAGACGGUAAAGGCCAAUCAAUCUGGGAUACCUUUGCGCACACGCCUGGUAAGGUGAAGGACGGAAGCACUGCUGACGAUGCGGUGCGCUCGUACGACCUGUACAAGGAAGAUGUGGCGCUCAUGAAGUCCUAUGGGGUCAAUGCAUACCGCUUUUCUUUCUCUUGGUCUCGAAUCAUUCCUCUUGGAGGGUGCGAUGACCCCGUCAACGAGAAAGGGAUUGAAUACUAUUCGAAUCUCGUUGACGAGCUCCUCCGUAAUGGCAUCACGCCGUUUGUCACGCUCUUCCACUGGGACACACCGCAAGCCCUGGAGGAUCGCUACGGCGGCAUGCUGAACCAGGAAAAGUUCGUACCGGACUUUGUCAAUUACGCUCGUGUUUGUUUUGAGAGACUCGGCGAUCGCGUCAAGCAUUGGAUCACAUUCAAUGAGCCUGGUGUCUAUACUCUGGCAGGAUAUGCGGCGGGUGUCCACGCACCAGGUCGCUCGUCUUUCCGGGACCGCAAUGAGGAGGGCGACUCGUCCACCGAGCCAUUCAUCGUUGCGCACACGGAGCUGGUCGCCCACGGACACGUGUCCCGUCUCUACAGGCAGGAGUUUCAGGCCCAUCAGCAGGGAACGAUCGGCAUCACGCUUCACGGGAACUGGUCCGAGCCAUGGGAUGAAGCAGAGCCGCUGGAUCAGGAAGCCGCCGAGCGCGCGCGCGAGUUCGAGAUUGCCUGGUUCGCGGACCCGCUCUACAAGACGGGUGACUAUCCUGCCUCUAUGAGGGCGCAGCUGGGUGACCGCCUGCCCAAAUUCACGCCGGAGGAGUCGAAGCUGGUGCUCGGGAGUUCCGAGUUCUACGGCAUGAACACGUACACAUCGUUCUUCGUCAAGCACAAGACCACACCUGCGGACAUCAAUGACCACAAGGGGAAUGUGGAGAUCCAUGAUUUCAACAAACAAGGUGUCCCUCGAGGCGAAGAGAGCGACACGGAGUGGCUGCGGGCUGCCCCCUGGGGCUUCCGAAAGCUUCUAAAUUGGAUCUGGUCACGGUACCAGAUGCCCAUCUACGUGACGGAGAACGGGACGACAGCCAAGGGCGAGACAGCGCCUACACCAGAUGUUCUCAACGAUCAGUUCCGCAUCAAAUUCUUCGAGGGAUACGUAGGAUGGGCACUAGCUCGUGCGGUCAAGGAGGACGGGGUUGAUAUCCGCUCCUACUUUGCCUGGACAUUCACCGAUAACUGGGAAUGGGCUGCGGGCUAUACCGAUCGUUUCGGGUGCACCUUUAUCGACUUUGAUUCACCGGAGAAGACUCGGCACCCCAAGCAAUCUGCUUAUUACCUUGACAAGCUGUUCAACCAUUUGAUCAAGGAUUCUUAG